CUGUGGUCACGUGUCACCCUUGCCCUCUCCUCCAAUAAGAAAAGUUGCCUUUGCUCUGCACGCUGCGGGUUUGUGUUGCGGGGGCGAUCCUGUUCGCGUCCAGGUCCAAAGCAGCACUUAUAUUUCAUAAUCAUCGCUUCAAAAAAAAAAAAAAGAAUUGUGAUGCUUUCCGCUGCUUUGUUGCUACUGGCCCUCCUCUCCUCGGCCCCCGUCACAGUGGCCAUCUUAUUUGGGGAGCCCAGGAUAUUUGGAGAGGAAGCUACUGGCUACGGGCCCAUUUUUGAGGAGGAGCCGGUGGAUGUGGUCUACACCGAGGACUCCCCCGAUGGAAGGAUCUCCAUGAACUGCAGGGCACGGGCCAACCCGCCAGCCUCAUACAGAUGGCGCCGUGACAACUGGGAGAUCAAGCUGAUGGAGCAGCCGGAUGAACACUACAGCCUAGUGGGGGGCAACCUGGUCAUCAACAACCCGAGGCAGAAGAAGCACGCCGGCACGUACAUUUGCGUGGCUCGGAACAUCUACGGCACUGUCAUCAGCAAGGAGGCCCGUGUCAAGUUUGGAUUUCUGGAGGACUUUCCUCAAGAAGAGCGAGAUCCCGUCACUGUGAAAGAAGGCCAGGGGGCAGUUCUGCUGUGUGCCCCUCCCAAAGCGUGGCCAGAGGAGGUGUCUUACCGCUGGAUCUUCAACGAGUUCCCUGUGUUCCUCAACAUGGACCGCCGCCGCUUUGUCUCGCAGAGGACCGGCAACCUUUACAUCUCCAAGGUGGAGGCUCAGGACGCCGGGAACUACUCGUGCUUCGUCUCAAGCCCCGUCCUGGGGAAGAGCGUCUUCUCUAAGUUUAUUCCCCUUAUCCCCUUACCGCCAGAAGACGGUGAAGAGAGAAAAUACCCAGCAGACAUCAGCGUGAAGUUCCCAGACACGACAGCACUGCUGGCCUCCAACAUCACACUGGAAUGCUUUGCUCUGGGGAAUCCCAUCCCUCACAUUGUGUGGCGGAAAGUGGACGCCACCGACCUGCCUGCAAACCACGAGAUCAGCGAAUCGGGCGCGGUGCUGCACCUCUACAACGUCCAGUAUGAAGACGUGGGGGGUUACGAGUGCGAGGCCAUCAACACCAAAGGGAAGGACUGGCACAAGGCCUGGCUCUACGUGGAGUCUGCUCCGGAGUGGGCCGAGACUAUCAACAACACCCAAAUGGACAUUGGCUCGGAGCACACCAUGCGCUGUGUUGCAUCAGGGAAGCCUUUCCCGUUCAUCCGCUGGUACAAAGAUGGCUACAUGUCAGGAAAAGGUGAGCUGAAGUUCUCCAGCCUGACCUUUGAUGACUCCGGGAUGUACCAGUGCAUUGCGGAGAACUACUGGGGCAUCAAAUACGCCAACGCCGAGCUGCGAGUGAUCGCCUGCGCCCCAACAUUUGAGUUCAACCCCCUGAAGAAACAGCUUCUCGGUGCCCGAGACGGCCGCGUGCUGAUCGAGUGUAAACCUCGAGCGGCCCCCAGGCCUCGUUUUACCUGGAUCAAGGGCAAAGAGCUGCUGUUCAACAAUUCACGCAUCUCCAUCAUGUUUGACGGCACUCUGGAGAUCCUCAAUGCCACUAAAAACGAUGAAGGUUUCUACACAUGCUUUGCUGAGAAUGACAGAGGGAAAGCCAACAGCUCUGGUUACCUCACCAUCACCGAGGCGACCGGCAUCACGGUGGCUCCCGAGGACACGGAGGUGAAGGUGGGCGACGAGGUGGUCCUGGCCUGCGCCGCCUCCUAUGACCCCAUGCUGGAUAUCACCUUCAUCUGGGCCGUCGACUUCCGGGUCAUCGACUUUGAUGCCGAGUGGCAACACUAUGAGCGCAUCAUGAGCGAGGAAGGAAGCGGGAACCUGCGGAUCAAGAACACGCAGAUCUGGCACGAGGGCCGCUACACUUGCACGGCUCAGACCGUGGUGGACAGCGACACGGCGUUCGCGGACCUGAAAGUCGUCGGUGUCCCAGGCCCUCCUGGUGUGAUCCGUGUGGAGGACAUCGGCGACACGUGGGUGAAGCUGCUGUGGACUAAAGGAGCCGAGCACAACAGCCCCAUUCUCUACUACACCAUUCAGACCAGGCACUACUGGUCUCUGCACGAGGACGACUGGAGGAACGCCAGCACCUCGCCGACCUUCCUCGACGGCACCGUGGAGUGGGCCAAAGUCACCGACCUGUACCCCUGGAUGGAGUAUCAGUUCCGGAUCAUUGCCACCAACGAGUACGGCUCCGGAGAGGCCAGCAUUCCCUCGCUCAAGAUCAAAACAUGGGACGCUCCUCCGGUGGUGUCUCCCACAGAUGUGGAAGGCUACGGCGGUCGGAACGGCGAGAUAAUUAUCAUGUGGACGCCUGUGCAGCCGUGGUAUUUCUACGGCAAGAAGUUCGGGUACAUCGUGGCCUUCAAGCCUCACGACGGGUACCAAUGGUGGUACGAGACCAUCUCCGACCCUGAGACCAGGCGUUACGUUCACAGGGACUCCUUCUUCCUCCCUGGCGACGAAGACUUCCAGGUGCGGGAGUUCCAGGUGAAGAUCAAGACGUUCAACGUGAAGGGAGACGGGCCGUACAGCCUCACCAAGGUCAUCUACUACCCUCGGGACGUACCCACAGAGUCUCCAACAGACGUCUACGCUCGGCCGGUUUCGUCCACCGAAGCGCUGGCGUGGUGGCUCCCGGUGGUGGACACAGGAACGGGCCUGCAGCAGUACAUUGAGGGCUACCAGGUUAAAUACUGGAGAAAGUACGACGACGCAGAGCAAGGAGCCAAUCGCAUAUUCGUUAACGCUACGGCGAACCAUACCAGGCUUGAAAACAUGCUGCCUGACUCACAUUACCUCAUCGAGGUGCGCGCCUUUAACGGAGCGGGCAUGGGCCCGCCUGGCGAACACUGCGAGAUGUUCACCAAAAGACCACCGCCGCCGGAGCCCCCCAGGAUGUGGCGCUUCAUCUCCUGGACUGGAAAGUGGUUGUACGUGUGGUGGGAUCACAUCGCGUACGACUGGUUCGGCAACGUGUCCUUCCCGCUCUAUUACAAGGUCAUGUUCCGGAAGACGGGCUACAUCUACGGGAAGGUUUACGUCACUGGCUGGCACUUCAUGGACUUCCCCAUGCCUCAGUUCGGAGACUACGAGCUGAUGGUCCGCGGGCGCUACGAGGGAGGCGACGGCCCCGUCAGGACCAUUAAACUCCUGGGUAAGGCCUCCAUGACCGCACCUUCGCUCAGCCUUAUUGCCACAGUGUUGCUGGCGCUGUGCAUUCUGGGAUUGUAGCGUCAAGCCAAGAGAUUCCACCUUCCCCUCGCACACUUCAUUUCUGUAGUACAAAAGACUAUCUGGCUUGCGUCGGCUUCUAUGGGCUUUGGGAUGCGCAAAUAUCUCAAAGACUUUGAGUUUACCUGUUUGGAGUCUAUGCACAAUGAAAAAUCACUAGCAAUCGUUCUUUAUAAGAAGCACUAUAACAAGCAAUCCGAUUGUAUGUAAAGAGCUGUGUAGUAGUGCCUGCUAGCUUGUAGAUGCGCAAAGGACAAUGGGCAACUUAUACGAUUUAUUGUACACGUCUAUUAUUUAUUAAACCACUACUCCACAAUAUCUGUAAUCUUUUUUUUUUUUUCCCUCCAACAUUUUUCAAAGCAUCUUUUGUGUCUUUGUUUUUAAAUUCGUGGGGAAAAAAACAUACUUUAUCAUUGCUUUCAAACAUCUCAUUUUAUUUAAAAUUUGAUAUUUUAUUCUUUAUUUGGUUUAAAAAUAAUUACAAAAUAGUAGAUUUGCUUUUCAUUGGCCAAUUUUUGCUAUUUGUAAUAUGUGAAUAUCAAUGGGUUUUUUUUCCAUUUACAGUUUGUAAAUAUAUCAUAAUCAUGUCAUUUAAACAGCUCAUAAUAGCUACAAAAUAAUAGGAUUAGACCCUAUAAAAAAAUGCUAAUUGAGCCAGAAAAAAACGUAUAAACUGACGCGUGGUGUGCAAUUUUGAACAACAGAUGGCGCCAUAAUCAUGUACAGUACAAUACAAGUCAGUUCCAAACUGUAACUGUAUUGCAACGUAAAACUCUUAAAAUAACAAUAAUAAAAAUGGCUCGCUGCAAACACCGGGCUAGCUUGUUUCACUGCACAAAAUUGGCGUGGCAUAAUUUAUUAAAUGAAACAAAACAAGUGAAAAAUGUCAAAUAAAGGGUCAAGUGGUGUAGCCUUAGCAACUCAAUAAAUGUUAAGUUGAAAAAAAUGAACUCAUUUACCAAUAGUCAGUGUAGCAUUUGAAUUUAUAAACCUGUAUGGGAUUAUGUGUCCGCUUUUUUAUGCGUGGUUUCAGAGUAAAGGCUAAUUUAAAAGUGAAUUAAAUCCUUCUGUCGAGCGUAACGCCAAUCAUUUGUGACUUUUCCAGGAUGUUUGUCUUGUCUCUCCACCUCCAUGACCUUAUUAUUAUUAUUAUUAUUGUUGUUGUUUUGCUUUUGCCUUUAGCAUCUUUUGUUGUGCUUGAAUUGAAUGAAGGCACGCAUGUUAAAGUUGACUUACUUUCUUGCGACGCCAUCUUUUGGUUAAUGAGCAUUAGCCUCCCCCCUGUGCUAAUUAGCCUCAUGAGUUUCACCAGGCUACUUCUGUCAGCCAAUCAGCUUUCAGCGUACUCCACAGCUAUCUUUUUAGCCACUUGAUUGGCUCUGUAACGCUUGUUUGUGCUUUAUUUCAGUUUUGGUUUUUUUCAAAUUACCUUUUUGUUUUAUUAUUUUUUGUUAAUAAGUCAUGUCGUCAUUGGCAGAGCCUAUUUGGACAUAGAAAGUACAGAUGUUUUUUUUUUUAAUGUCUGCAGUAAAAGUAAAAAGUCAUCAGAAAAACAAAUACUCGAGUAAAGUACAAAUGCCUGAAAAAUCUACUGAGGCGCACGUACCUUGUUACUUGCCACCACUGGUGUUUCCCAAUCAUGUCUAAAUUGUUAGGUAUUUCCUUAAAACAUAAAAUAUAAAUAAAAUAAUAUAAUAUAUAUAUAUCCAUGCUCGAUGUCUUUAAUCACAUUUAUUAAUCACAUUGUGCCAUGUAAAUUCCAGUGAAAUCGUGGGAACCAUUGUAUUAACACAAGGAACUUAAUAUAUAUCACAUUACAUUAGUUAUUUACUCACUAUUUAUUCAACUGAAAUGUUUUUUUUGUUGUUGUUUUUUUAAAUCCUUGCUGAAUUUAUUUUGUGUGGUAAAUGUGAGUUAAAUCUUUGCACAACAUUCUGUAUAAAUGCUUGUGGAAAUUGUGA